CCCGGCCCGCAGUGGUACGGUCCGCUGUGUGUUUUGGUGUCCAGGCCGUUCACCGCAGCCAGCAGCCAGCCGGUCAGUCCGGGUGAGGUGUCCCGUUCGAGCAGACAUGUGGCGGGUUUUGCGGCCCAGCGUCAGGACUGUCCUCACGUGCCAGCGGAACAUGUCGUCGGACCAGCUGGGCGAGCUGGGAAAGGGAGCGGGGAAAGGUGGAGGAGGUGGAGGAUCCAUCCGGGAGGCCGGAGGAGCCCUGGGCAAGAGGGAAGCCGCCGAGGAGGAGCUGUACUUCAGGCGGAAGGAGCAGGAGCAGCUGGCCGCCCUCAAGCAGCACCACCAGGAGGAGAUCGACCACCAUAAGAAGGAGAUCGAGCGCCUGCAGCGGGAGAUCGACCGUCACAAGGGGAAGAUCAGGAAGCUGAAGCACGACGACUGAGCGUCCCGCCGCUGCUGCACGACGCCCGUCCUGACUGCUGUGGCGUCUGACUUCUGAGAAGAUGCUGUUCCCAUGUGUGCACGGUUUUUAGCCUUUUCUUUCCUGCGUUGUAGUCCAGCAGGAAGCAGUUGAAGCACUGAAGCGCUGCUGUUCACCUCUGACGUGAUGAGCCAAUCACAAUGAAGCUUCUGUGGUGUAUCAAACCGUUGAUGAACAGAAAUUAAAUUAUUUUGAUCACCA